AUGACCACCGCAGACACCCAUCCUACCCUCUCUCAUCUAGACCCGACUACCUAUCCACGUACCCACCACGACCCCUCCGAGAACAUCCACAUCGAACUUACCUACAACACACUCAACCCCUCCGCGGUGCUAUCCAGAGUAUCCUCCCCCUCCGCAGGCGCUAACGUCCUCUUCCUCGGCACAACAAGAAACACAUUUGAAGGCCGACCAGUUGCGCAGCUCAGCUACUCUGCAUACCCGCCUCUUGCGCUCAAGACUCUGACAACGAUAGCUCGCGAGGCGGUCGCCGCGCAUGGUCUAACGGGGAUUAUGAUCGCGCAUCGUCUGGGCGUGGUUCCGAUUUCCGAGGCGUCGAUCGCGAUUGCUGUUAGUUCAGGACAUCGUGGGGCGGCGUGGAGGGCUGGCGAGGAGGUGUUGGAAUCGUGUAAAGCGAAAGCAGAGAUCUGGAAGAUGGAGGAGUUUGUGGAUGGAGGGGCGGAGUGGAGGGCAAAUAAGGAUAGGGAUGCCGAGGGGAGAUUGGUUGCGUCGGGCUGA